AUGAAGGAUCAUGGAUGUCUCAUAUUUGAUGAUAUACCACAAUGCAUCAACUACACAACACUUGGUGAUAAACAGCAAAAGGCAAUGAGCAUAAUUAUGGCACACUAUCAUAGUAAUCAAAAUGGGGUGCCUUUGUUCAUGAUAAUUCAAAGAAUAGCAGGAACAGGAAAGUCAUAUUUGAUUGUUGCAAUUAGUCAAGCUCUUCAAAAUGUAGCAAUGCCAUGUCGUUCUCCUCUUUUAUUUCUUGCACCAAUAGGAGUUGUUGCCUUCAAUAUAGGAGCUUCAACAAUUCACUCAAAAUUGAGAAUCCCAGUGAGAGAAUUUUGUCCAUUAGAAGGAACAAGACUCACAAGUUUCCAAGAAGAAAUGAUACAUAUAAAAUACAUUUUGAUUGAUGAAAUGAGCUUCAUUGGUCAAAACAUGCUGGAAAAUAUAGAUUCUUGGCUCAGGCAGGCAUUCCCACAAAAUGCAAACAUAAGCUUUGCAGGUAUAUCUAUUAUUUUAGUUGGAGAUUUGGGCCAAUUGUCUCCAGUCAGUGAUAGAUCAACAUAUGAUAGCAAUAGACGAGCAAAGUUAUUAUGGGAGGAAUUCAAAACAAUGGUAACUUUAGAUGGAAUAUUCAGAAAAGAUGGAGAAAAUAUCCAACAACAAAGAUUUCAUCAACAUUUGACAAAUAUAAGAGAUGCAAACCCAAUAAUUGAUGAUUGGAAGCUGCUUAUGAUGAGAAUCCCUAUUAAUUUAAAUGUUGCAACCAAUGAGGAGUUUGAAAAUGUCUUCCAUUUGUUCUCUACUAAUGACAAUAUUCAUAAUCAUAAUAAGAGAAUGUUGUAUUCCUUGAGGCAUCCUGUUGCACGCAGUGUUGCAACAAAGGUAGGAAGUGUUAAUGUAAUAGAAGAUUGUUCAAAUGAUGAACUUGAUCUAGAGUUAUUGAUUAGCAAUAAUUCAAGGGUGAUGUUGACUUCAAAUCUAUGGACAUAG